UACAAAUAUGCACUGUAAUUAAUUUUUAUUACAACUGGAGUGGAGAAUAUCACACAAUACAUUUAAUCAACACAACACUCUGACCGCAAGUCAUAACAAAUCUAUUUUAUUGAGAGACAUAUUAUGAACAGAGGACAGAUUUUCGCACCAAAAUAAACUGGAGUCAAUGGUCAAUUCAUUGCUCCUACACCCCAGUUGAUAAUCAGUAUUCAUAAGUUGAAGAAAGAACAAAGUUUUUAAUAAGUUGAAGAAAGAAAGGGUUUGUUGAUGUUGAGCUAUAUUCUAAGUUCAUUCUAUGUUUAAAAUUUUGGGGCCCCCUAAAGUGUGGGGCCCUGGCCAGUCGCCCGGUUUGCCCUCCCCUAAGGCCGCUACUGCUUUUGGGGCCAGGGAAAUGCAGGGCGUCAAAAAGCCUUACUACCUGUUGGGCAUUAUGUUAGUGACAGACACAAGGUAACUACAUUUUUCUUCUGUGUUACCUGGCAGGGGAAGAAGUAUCAUUUCCAUGUAGAGCAUUAAGAGUACAGAAAAUUCAAGUAUGUUGUUUCUCCGGGGACUGACGCAUCUAUGCUCUCUCUCAACUCAAGCACAAGCACAGAAGUUCGGAGCGGCAGAAGCCUGCUGCAUCCUGCAGCAUGUCUCCCUGCUAAUGCUGUCCCUCUCCUCCCUAAAGGGAUCCUCUACAAGGAAAGGUGGCAUUUGGGAUGCUUAGUGAGUGCUUGGUGCUGCGUAGCCUGAGAGGAAGUCUGUUGGCUCCAAGGACCUCCAUGCCAAGGGCCUGCCCCAGCUCAGUGGGAGUUUUACAAACAUCUUUAGUGGGAGCACGAGUGGGGCUUCCACACGUCAGUGUGCACCUGCACGCCCACGAUGCAGGCACCAAAAAGCCAACCUUGGAGCAAAUGUUGUUCUGGUUCUUUCCUUUUUGAAACACAAUGGAAUGCCUGGACAUUGACUCUGCUUUUCUAUUGGCUGGUGUCACUGUUGCCUGGGUGACUGCUAUGUGCAAACACUCUUUUAGGGAACUCUGUGAGGUAGCAGCUUAACGAGCCCUGGGAAUCUGCAGCCUGAGGGAGAGAGCAGCUCCCGGCACUGAGGAAAGAACUCGAGUGCACUGAGACAGAUCAUGGACGUGGAAGACGAAGAUGAAGCCAUCAGAGAGAAAGCACAGAGUUUAAUCGAAACUGUCAUCAGGGGUGUGAAAGAGCAUCUUGAAGCUUUGCAAAAAAAAGAGAGAGGUGGUCUGUUUUCAGAAGCUGAUUACGUCAUUGGAAACAUUCAGUGGAUCACAUGCAAGGACUUUACGGUGGAGAGGGGAAGGCAGCAGAUCGAGGAGUACAUAUCUCACUUCCCUUAAGUCAGCUGUCCCAGCAAGAAGGGAUCUCUUACAGUGUGGUGUGUGUUCAGCAGACCUGGGAGUUCCAUGAAAGCUGGCUUCACUGGUCAGAUUUCCUCAAGGAAGAACAACUGAAGUACAGCAAGAGGUACCAUUACCGGGUCCGUUGGAGCAUCCCGACAUGCAGGAAGCCCAUCCCUCAAGCAACUGCAUGCACCUACUUCAUUGUAGAGAUCUCCAACAUUAAACCUCCUACCUUGCCCAUUGAGGUGUUCUUUAUCUUGGAAUCCAAUAGGCUGAUUCACAGACCAGGACGGUGUCGCUUUAGGGAGAAGUGGCUCAAGGACAUAAUUGAAAGCAAAAUGAGCCUUGUGGAGAGCAUAACCUUCUAAACAAGUGUAUACUGCAGAUUAAAAAAUCCACUCUUCCAGGAU